AUGAAAUCUAAUUGACUUCCCUUAUCUUUGAGUCUAAACAUUUUAGUUUUUUCAUUGUUAAGAGUUAAGCCUCUAUCGGCUAAUAAAUUAUCGAAUUAUAUCUGGUUUAAUAUAGUUCACCAUUAUAUGUUUUGAUCUUGCUAUAACAACAAAAUCAUCGUCAUAUCUAACAUAUGCAAGUGCUGAGCUUACACGUGUACGUGAACCAUCUUUAAGUUUAACUGUAAUUUUUUACUUUUUGUUAAAGGAAAUAACGCUUCCAUUAUAACCUUCUCCAAUCCAUUAAAAGUAAAGUUAGCUAAUAAAACACCACUUGAAAUUCAUGCUUUUACGAAUAUUAAUAAUUUUGAAUGUAUAAAUAAGUUAUCAAUCAAUCAUGUAUGAUUAAGGUUAUCAAAGAAACCUUUAAUAUCGGUAUCCAAUAUCCAUUUGUUUUCUGGUAGUAGUCGAGAUAAGUUAUUCAUCAGAUUAUUACUAGAAGUAUUUUUCAAUAUUUUUGUUUCAUCAAUAGUAUUAAGAUGAGUUCUAAGAUAA